UGUUUCCUUAUCCUGAUCUUUGGCGCGCCGCUUUGAAAGAAUCAACACAUUAAUGAAAAUAGACGAUCAUAAGUAUUGAUCAGCUUUAAACCCGAUUUAAAGCAAUCAACGAGGACGUGGUUUAUAGUAUUACAGCUGUUCGCGCGCAGGAAGUGUUGGUUAUUCAUUAGAUGCCCGUAAAUUUGUAGUAAUCCGCUGUGAGGUCCUGGUAAAUGGACAGGAUGACGUCUAACGUUACAAAAGAAAUCAAGCUACUACAGAAGGCCAAAAGUAAAGCCCAGAACAGCAAUAACCUGAAAGAGGAAGCCAGUCUGUGCAAUCAGCUGGGGGAAGUUUACGCUAAAACAGGUGACUAUCGAGCUGCUAUUGAGGAGCAUCGGCAGGAAUUGGCGCUGUCUGAGAUUUUGCAUGAUGUGAUUGGAUCUGCUGUAGCCAAUAGGAAGAUUGGAGAGUGCUAUGCAGAACUAGGGAACAUUGAAGCUGCUCUGAAGCACCAGAGGCUUCAUCUGAAUCUGGCUCGAUCUGUCCAUGAUGCAGCAGAGGAGCAGAGGGCACUGGCCACUAUUGGAAGAACGUACCUCUUCCUCUUCGACUCGGACCAUUCACGGGACAGCUUGAAGCAUGCGGAAGAUGCGUUCAUGAAGAGUUUGGCCAUUGUUGAUGAGCGCCUAGAAGGUACAGUGUCGUCGCGAGAGCUCAGUGAGAUGAAGGCCCGUCUCCUGCUGAAUCUGGGCUGUGUGUAUGAUGGCAUGAAGGAACCGCAGCGCUGCAGUGACCUCAUACGACAGAGCAUCUACAUCGCAGAGAAAAACAACCUCCUUGAGGAUCUGUAUCGUGCCAACUUCAACCUGGGCAGCAUUCACUUCCGAAACGGGCAGCACUCGCGCGCCAUGCGCUGUUUUGAGCAGUCUAAAGAAUGUGCCCGCAAAAUGAAGGACAAGUUCAGUGAGAGCGAGUGCUUCCACAGUAUCGGCAAGAUAUUGCUUCAUCUUGGUGACUUUGCAGCAGCGCGGCGUUCUCUAAAGAAAGCGUUCUGUCUGGGCUCCCAGCAGCCUUCUGAACGUGAGGCCGUCAAGAAAGACUUCAAACAUGCGAUCCGGGGCUGUCAGCUGGAGCAGACGGCAGCAGAAGUCACGGAUAAGUUUUCCCAUGAGGCCAUGGAUCUGUCAGAGCAGUUGGGAGAUCUUUACUGUAAAGUGGGCUGCUUUAACAAAGCUCUGGAAGCUUAUCAAACACAACUGGCAUGUGCAGAGACUUUAGGGAAGCCUGAUCGUGAGUUGGCCGUCAUUUACGUGUCGCUGGCGGCCACAUACACAGAUUUGCGACUGCACCACAAGGCCGUGGAGCAUUACAGACAAGAGUUGAAGCUGAGACAGGGCAACCCUAAAGAGGAGUGUGAGACAUGGUUAAAUAUAACUGCUUGUCAGGAGGAGAUCGGACAGCCAAUGGAGAGCAUUGAUCAAAGUUUUAGUGCUGCUCUGAGCUGUGCUGAGAGAUCAGGACUAAACAAACUACAGAGGCGUGUUUUGAGAGCGUGGGUUCAGGCCCAGCGGCGCUCCGGUUCCUCGCAGUGUGACGACACAGAGGCCCGGCUGAUGGAGCUGUGUGAGCGGGACGGCCUGAGACUGGAAGAUAGUGAAGAGGAGGAGGAUGAAGAUGACGAGGUGGAGAAUAGUGAACCACUGGAGGAUAGUGACAUUCAAUACUCUGACUCCGAUGAUGAUCUGGAUGGUUAUGAUAAGAUGGUCACGGGCAGGAGGAAGACGCAGAAGUGGAACCGACGGAAUGAGAAGGGCGAGACGGUUCUCCACAGGGCCUGUAUAGAGGGAAACUUGAAGCAGGUUCAGUGUUUGAUUGAGCAGGGUCAUCCAGUUAACUUGAGGGAUUACUGCGGGUGGACUCCUCUGCAUGAAGCCUGUAACUACGGUCAUCAAGAGAUUGUAGCUUUGCUGCUGGAACGUGGAGCCAAUAUAAAUGACCCUGGGGGUCGAGACUGUGAUGGUGUCACACCCCUGCAUGACACGCUGAACUGCGGACACUUCCAUGUAGCCCGACUGCUGGUGGAGAAAGGGGCGUCAGUCACUGUUCGCAAUGGCAAGGGACUUACUCCUCUGGACACUCUCCGUCAGUGGUUUAAGACUUACAGCCGACAGCUGGACCAAGAGACAAAGCAGGAUUGUUUGGAGACUGAGAAACUCAUCAAGAGAGCUUUGUCAGGAGACGUCUCAGUUAUAUCGACGGCUUCACGACAACAGAAGGAGCUUCGGGACAGUCAGCUGUUUGAUGCUGAGUAUUCAGAAGCACUGCUGAAGGAGUCCCCGCCGUCACCCCAGCACAUCAUUCAACGUCCCGCUCCCACUGUCCCUACUCCAAAAGACUCGGCUCCCAGACGCAGGGGCACCUCCGCUUCAGCCCGCCGGCCACGAGGGAUGGAAGUAGAUGUUCUGUAUGGGAACAAAAGCAGUUCUUCGAGUGAUUCUGACUCUGAUUGCUCGUUCAGUCCUCUUCGUCCUGUUCGGUCAAGACCGCGCUCCCCAGCGACUCAAUCCUCGCAGGAAUUCCCACCCAGUCAGGAUCUUCCCUCCGUGUACGCCGUCAGAGAGACCGCGUUGCCCCCGCAGUCAGACUCGGGCAGACUGGAGUACCAGAAGGCCAUGCAGAACCUGGGCAGUGCCAAAUCCCGCCUCCUCACUCAGAGCCUAUCAGAGCCGGCCUUUACCAGCACGCCAGCGGUGUCGGCCAAUAGCAGAUCGGCUUUGGUCCCAGAGGAGCAGUAUGUGGCAGAUGAUUGGCUGGAGGAUGACCUGAGUGAUGUGCAGCCUAAGAAGAAGCGGAGAGUUUCUGAGCAUAACGUCCCACGGGAAACAACUUUCAGAAAUCAGAAUCAUUUCUCAGUCUCUGCUGAUGCGUCUCCUAGAGUUCAGAGUUCCUCCAGUAGGGGUCUGUCUCUGAAGAAGGGCACUAAUAAGACUCGGCAGGUGAAGAUGAAUCAACUGCCCGGGAUGGUAAUGUUGGGCAGGAGAGAGGUCAGCAGGUCACAUAGUCCCAUCAUGAACGAGGAAUCUGACCCCAAUCAUGACCCUGCACCUCCGACCCAUCAGUCAAUGUCUUCAGCAUCAUUCCAGAACCGAACAGCCCAUGUGCUUGCACCAAUCAGGAUGAGGGUCAGAGUUCAGGACAAUGUCUUCCUGAUUCCAGUUCCUCACAGUGAGGCAGACUGCUGUACGGUGGCGUGGUUGUGUGAGCAGGCCUCUCAGCGCUACUAUCAGAUGUGUGGAUUACUGCCACGUCUGUCCCUGCAGAAAGAGGGCGCUCUGCUCUUACCCACAGAUCCACUGCUGGCUGUGCUGCACACCAAUGAAGAGGUUCUUGCUGAGGUGUGUUCAUGGGAUCUUCCUCCUCUCCCCGAGCGCUACAGGAAAGCCUGUCAGAGUCUGGGAGUGGAGGAGAACCGGCGUGUGUCCCGGCUGUGUGAGGUGCAGGACAGCAGCUCCUGUGUGAACGUUUGUGGACUCAGUUUGCCUCCAGCGUCUCUGACUCCUCUCCUGCGAGCGCUGAAGCUGCAGGCCAGCCUCACGGAGCUGCGCAUCACUGCCAACCGUCUGAACGACGACCUCCUUCCAGAACUGAUGUCUGCUGCUGCCACUAUGCCCAGACUCAGGAUUUUAGACAUAUCGGCCAAUCAGAUCACAGGCGAGGGUCUCAAGAAAGCAUCGGACACAUUGGAAACGAAGAGUCUAACUGCUUUCCCUUGUCUAGAGGAGUUGAAUUUAAGCAUGAAUCCUCUGGGUGACGGCUGGACACAAGCACUAGCAAGUCUUCUGUCCGCUUGUCCCCUUCUCUCCACUCUUUCCCUGCAAGCCUGUGGCCUCUCUGCACGUUUCCUCCAGCAACACCGUCUCCUAUUAGCCAAUGCCAUGGCCAGCACCGGGAAUAUGCGGUCAGUGUGCCUCUCCCAUAAUGCACUGGGCUCCACUGGUUUUGAGCUUGUGUUGAAGACUUUACCGAUGCAGUUUCUUACACACCUUCAGCUUUCUGCGGUUUGUAGAGGUCCAUCCGACCAGCCUGCCAUGGAGAUCUUUACUAAACUCCUUACACAGGGUGACUGUCCACUCACACACUUAAAUCUGGCUGGAAAUGGCCUUACGGACCACAGCGUCCUUUUGAUUGCUAGGUGUCUUCCUGUUUGUCCUUCCCUGGUGUCUUUAGACCUGUCUGCCAACCCUUCAGUGACCUCAGCCGGUCUUCAAAGCCUCCUCAACGCUUUAAUGGAGGCCCAGCGACCUUUGAUGCAUCUCAACCUUCAAGGCUGUCAGGUGUCAGGACCACUGGGGGAUGUUUAUUUGGAUGGUCUCUCUGAUCACAUCCGUGACCUGCGUUUGUGCUCCCAGAGUCUAAAUAAGCUGGACCAGGAUGCACUGCAGCAGAGCUGGAGACGGAAAACUGAACCUGUGCAUGUCUUCUCUCGCAACUCCAAAUGCAUGCUGAGUGUCACUGCAGCCUCGCUGUAAACUGCAUUAGCCUAAAUAUAACUAGUAUCGUACAAAGUUAACUGUUAAUGGGUGAAUGUUUGAAAACUUUCGUCUGUAAAUAUGUAUUGUAGCAUGUAUGAAAUCAUUAUGUAUUUUUUUUAUUGUAACUAUUUGUAUGGACACUAUUUGUAUGUUUGUUUAUUCUUGUGACUCAAACCCAUUUUAUUCCAUUUAGUCUUUCUGCAAAUUGUCUUUAUUGGUGAUUAGUUUGUGAAAUUCAAGAAAUUAUGAGUUUGAAAUGGGCGUGAGACAUUGUAUGUGGUGUGGUGCUAAUGGACCAAUAAAAUACAAAUUCAAGCAUGCUCUGUUUGUAAUUUACAAAAAUUAGAAAAGAGCAAAGACAUGAAUGCUUCUCACACAUUUAUUUUCCAGUCGAUUGCAGAAACAAAAACAGUGGUGUAAAGCCGGAUGUAUUUGACAAAUAUGGAAAAAAA